GUCAUAAUAUCUCCAAGAGCAUCAAAGAGUCACUGUUAUUCAGUGCGAACCAGUCUCCUUCUGCAGGAUCUGGAUCAUCACAGCAAGAUUCAAAUCAAAAGGAAGGAAAGUCACAAUCAUACAAUGCUACGCUAUCCACCUACACAUAAUGCAGAUGAAGAGAAGAAGGAUGAAUUCUACAGACAACUGCAAUCACUAAUGAACAAGACCCCCACCCGAGUUGGCCACAUCAAAUGCAUUCUAAUCGGUGGGGUGACAUGAAUGCCAAACUAGCAGCAGACAAAAUAGGAAGAGAAUCAAUCAUGUGUCGAGAGGCACUCGGUGAAAUGAAUGAGAACGGAGAACUGUUUGCAGACUUCUGUGCAUUUAAUGACCCGGUGAUUGGAGGCAAUGUGUACAAACACAAUGAUAUUCAAAAAGCGACAUGGACUGCACCAGAUGGACACAGUACACUGAAAAUCAGAUCGACUUCAUCUGAGUGUGAAGAAGAUGGAGACGCAACCUACUGGACACAAGAUCAGAUGAAGAAGGGAGGAGAUGUAGGUUCACCCCACUCACUAUCUAGUGCAAGGGACCUUCCAAAUCAAGUUGAAAUCCUUUAAAGAAUUUGGUGAUAGACCAUAGUUCAAGUUGAACAUCCAGAACAAAAUGUGAACUGAAGGACGAAACACAAAGGAC